AAAUCUGGGAAACACAAAAAUGAAGAUGUAAAGAAUCUCGCAGGGUGUAUCACCUCGCGACACAGCCGUGAAGCCUGGAUUGACUAACCAAAGAAGCAGCAGCAGCCAGCACCUACCACCAAAUCACACCCUAAUAGUCAGACAGCGCACAACAAAUGGCUCUACUAAUUGGGUGUGGAGAAUCGUCGUCUUCGGCGUCCCACAUUGUUGUUCUACGAUACUUGAAUCGAGCCCUAGACUCCAUCAAGCACGACAUUUCUCACCUCUUCGCCAAUCUUUUCUGCUUCAACACCAACUUCGAUUCAAACGCCAAGAGUUGUGGGAAUGAGGAUAUAAUGCCUUCGUCUUUUGAGGAUCUGUUGGCAACCAUUGGCGAGCGUUGCGAAUUGAGAGCUCGAGACUGGUUUUCGAAGAAGAAAGAUGAUAAAGGGGAUCCAUAUGCUGUUUUCAAUGUGUUGGAUACAAUGCUAAAGGACAGUUUGGAACGUUUGAAAUUGAUGAGGGAAAGCAUAGCUCUGGCAGAGAUUGGCGUUCAAGGGUGCACUUUGGAAGUAAAUUAUGCUGAACAUGCACAAAUAAUUAGGAAUUUGUGUUUGGAGGGUAAGGUGGGUGUGGCUCUAUGGCUUCGAAGAAAAAUGAUACAUAAAGGUGUUGUUCCUGAUGUAUUUACACACAAUUAUCUUGUAAAUGGACUGUGUAAAACUGGUGACUUGGAGAAGACAGAUUGGCUUAUUAGGGAGAUGGUAGAAAUGGGUCCCACUCCCAAUUGUGCCACAUUCAACACUUUCAUCAAGGGUUAUUGCCUCAUGAAUAAUGUAGAUAGAGCUCUCUAUCUUUUCUCUACUAUGGCUAAUUGUGGUAUCAUGCCAAAUAGAGUUACGUGUAACAUACUUGUACAUGCAUUGUGCAAGAGAGGUCUUUUGGAGGAGGCUGGGAAGCUUCUUGGAGAGAUAUUAGAGGAAGAUAAUGACAACAGAACAUCAGAUUUAAUUACCUCAACCAUACUUAUGGAUGGUUACUUUAAGAGUGGAGAUAUGGCUCAGGCUCUUAGUCUUUGGGAUGAGAUGGUCCAAAAUAAUACCCGAAUCGAUGUUGUUGCAUAUAAUGUCCUUAUCCAUGGAUUUUGUUUGAGUCGGCACAUGAACCUUGCAUAUAGGUAUUUCUGUGAUAUGCUUAAAAGAGGUGUACUUCCUGAUGUUUUUACUUAUAAUACUCUUAUAUCUGCUCUUUGCAAAGUUCAAGAAUUUGAUGAGGCUUCUUAUAUCUAUGGUGUUAUGUCGAGCUUGGGAGUUAAUCCUAAUCCCAUUUCAUACAAAAUUAUUAUUCAAGGCUUAUGUGUUUAUGGAAAUGCCAUCAGAGCUCAUGAGUAUCUUCUUUUUAUGCUAGAACAUUCAAUAGUGCCCGAGCCUCACAUAUGGAACCUAAUAAUUGAUUGUUAUGGAAGAUGUGGAGAUCUUGGUAGUGCAUUCUCCAUCAGAGAUAAAAUGUUGGCUUUUGGUGUUCAGCCAAAUGUGUUUACCUAUAAUGCACUGAUUCAUGCACAAGUAAAAGGAGGGAACAUUGCUGAUGCUUAUUCUCUUAAGAAGGAGAUGCUUCUGUCUGGCCUUUAUCCUGAUGUUGUUACUUAUAAUUUAUUGAUAGGCGCAGCUUGUAACGUAGGGCACAUCCGUCUAGCACUUCAAUUAAAUGAUGAAAUGCUGAGAAGGGGAUAUGAUCCUGAUAUAAUAACUUACACUGAACUCAUUAGAGGUCACUGUAUUAGAGGCAACAUGAAGGAAGCUUUAGAGCUUUUUGCGAAGAUACAAAGAUCUGGUUUACCAAUUGAUCAUGUUCCAUUUCAGAUACUUAUUAAGAAGUACUGCAGACUGAGGGAGCCUGACAUGGCAUUUGACCUCUAUCAGAAGUGGUUAACUAGGGACAAAUGAGAUUGUCAUCUUUAAUGGACUUUAUUUAUGCAAAGGCAUGGUGGAGUUGAUCCUGGAAAAUAAGGGCCAACUUUAGCUUACAAGUCAGAGCUUCUGCCUUGGAGAAUUCUAUAUGAUGGUGGCCAUUUUUUGCUUGUGGUGAAUGUGCAACUCCCAUCUACUCUUCAAAAAUGUAUGUGUCUUUCUGAAUGUUCCAUGCAUUCUUUUUGGAUUGAUCAUUAUCAUCAUCAUUAUUUGAAUUAGAUGGGAAAUGCAAUGCAAGGGCCACUCAUACACAGAUGUUAUUGGGAUCACUGUAGUGCAUCUUGCCUACACACUGUACUGGUGAAGUAAUUGUCAUAUUCGAGAGCGCAAAGGUUUGCUGGAUGAGAUAACUGUAAAUCACAGGUUCAGGUGGUCAGCAGCAUCAUAAUCAGGACAUAUAAGUAGAAAUAAAGGAAACAACACCACGCAUGUGACAAAAUUUCAUACAGAGAAAUCCGUACACACAACUGGAAGACACCACUUUAAUUCUUCAUCCUUUCAUCACAAGUAGGAGAAUAUGGUCUCUAUACUGUAGCAUGGUGAAGUAGUUAUAGGUUCUAAAACUGGUAACAAAUUCCUCUUAGACUCUGUUCUCUCACUGAAUUGUUUAUUUAGAAAUCUAAGGGCUGUGAUAGUUUACUUUAUGGAUUAAAAAAAAAAGGAUAUGCUAGACUUCAGAUAUACAAGAAAAGUGAAUCAUUUUGAGGAAAUAUUGAUAAGAUUUUUUUUUUUUUUUUUUUUUGACAACAUUGAACAUAAAGGCUGAAAAGGGGAAAAUGCUUCUUUUCCCCUUACAUGUGCAUGCAUGCAUGUUUUUUUUUUUUUUUUUUUUAUGUUACAUGUGCACCCUAGUGUGCCAAGAACUUUGUAGCUCAAUGGCAUUGCCUGGUUUCCUUUAUGAGGAGAACUAGGACUCAAGUCCUCCCUCUCAAUUGUAACAUUUGAAUUAACAAAAAAACAACAACAAAAAAGUUACACAUGCACCCGGUGAGUGUUGAAUCCAAGAUUUGUCCUUUCAACCCAUUCUUCUUUUUCCAUUAGAUGUAAGCUCUAUAGACUACUUAUGAACAUUACUGUUUCUUGGGAUGCCACUGACAGUUAUGUCCUGCAACAGUGCAACCUAUCAUCAAUUGCACAAAUUUUAGCCUCCUGUGAUCUUAGGACACCCUCCCAUGCUCACCCUUCUUAGAUUUAGUUGUUAUUCAAUUUCUUCAUAUGCAGUAAAAUGAAAGGAAAAAGGGAAAAAAUAAAAAUCAUUACAUGGAUGCUCUAAGAUGGCAAAAUAUUCAAAGAUUUACCAUUGGCACUGUUAAUAUAAUUGAAGGAGGCUGCAGCCCAUGGAUUUUGAGUGUUAUUGUUGACAAGUAGUUAUAAACUUAUAAUUGGUCACUGUUUCACCUCUUCCAAAAGUUCAAGAAGUUUUCUGCUAAUAAACUGGAAACUUGCCUGGAUUACAAAUCCAUCAAUUUGAAGCAUUUGAUUGACUCUUGAUUGUAAGUAAAUUAACUGUGAGACACAAGCACUGCUUAAUGUUUUAAAAGGAUAUCAAUGGCAGAUUUUUAACUGCAAGGAUAAAAUGGUGACUGGGGAUGUUACAUCAGGGUUGGUUCAAAGUAAUCAAAACAACAUCAUCCUUGCCCUUUUCCUCUACCAAUUAAUGUUGAUUCAUUGCUAGGAGUCGUUCUUCAUAUUUUUGCAUAAAGUCAUCCAACAUUAGUGUUCAUGAGAAAAGUUGAGAGAUUAGAGGGAGAUCGAAAAAAAAAAACUUUGGUCCACAGUGGAGAGAGCACGAAUGAUGUUAAACGAUGGUAAAUGCAAUGAGCUACAAAAACCCAAGUGUUAAGGAUCUACUCUCUUUAUUUUCUUUUCUUGUCAAUUAAGUCAUGUAGUGGGAUUAGAACCCGAGUGUUCACUUUCCAGCUCAUAUUUAGUGCUUCUCUGAUGUAACUAAAAUAAACUUUGAUGUAGCAUAAAAAAUAAAAA